AUGGGUAGCUCCUCAACACCCACCAUCGCCAUCGUCGGCGCCGGCCCCUCUGGGCUGACGCUUGCCGUCCUUCUGCACCAGCAGGGCCUGCACCCGACCGUCUACGAGCUCCGGCAGCGCCCCUCCGACGCCGAGCUCUCUCAGCCGACGGGCAUGCUGGAUCUCCACGAGGAGUCCGGGCUGGCCGCCAUCCGCGCCUGCGGGCUGGCGGACCGCUUCUUCCCCCUGACCGGCGAGUGCGCCGAGUGCAUGCUCGUUGCCGACUCCAACGGCGACUACCUGCACACCGAGGAGCCCGGCAAGGGCCGCCCUGAGAUAUCCCGCAACGCCCUCACAGGCCUCUUGCUGUCGGCCCUACCGGCUGAUGCCGUGCAGUGGGGCACCAAAGUUCUGGGAGCGGCCAGGACCAACACAUCGGGGACCGGCACUGUCCUGCGCUUUGCCAGAGAGGCAGGCGAGAUCGCCAGUAGCGAGUUCGAUCUGGUCGUGGGCGCCGACGGCGCUUGGUCGCGGGUCCGGCCGCUUCUGACGGACGUGCGGCCAAAAGGAGUUGGCUUCCGAUAUGCCACCUUGAGCAUUCGGGACAUGGCAGGUCGCCAUCCGGAUUUGGCCGAGUACAUCGGCCCCGGCACCAUGAUGGCCCUCGGCGGGCCCGGCCUGGCCAUCGCAACCCAGCGCACGUCGCAGGAUUCCGCCUGGUUCUUCGUCAUUGUCCCAGAAACCGCCAUGACAGUCACUGGGAGUGAAGAAAACACCAGCGCAGCGACCCAGACAGAUGUCGACAUCCCCUUUGAGCCACUGGCGCUCAAGGCCCGACUUCUCGACAGCGACAGCGGCAGCGGCGCCCAGAACUUCUCGUCCUGGGGCCCCCUGCUCAAGAAGCUCAUCGCCACGGCCUGCGACGAGGCCGCGGCCACCACCCCCGGCCGCCCGAUCCUGCUCAAGGCGCACGCCAUACUGCCCAUCGGCCACGCCUGGGCCCCGCAGCCCGGCGUGACCCUCAUCGGCGACGCGGCGCACCUGAUGAUGCCCGUCGGCGAGGGCGUCAACAUGGGCAUGGCCGAUGCCCUCGAGCUGUCCGAGGCCAUUGCCGCGGCCACGGCCAUGGAGCCGUCGGCCGGCUUUGCGGAGGGGCUGGCGCCGCUGCUCCGGGACUUCGAGACGAAGAUGUUUGGGCGCACAAAGGAAAAGGCGGGCGAGUCGUGGGAGACGUUCCAGAUGAUGCUGGGCGAGGAUGGGGCAGGGAAGUUGGCGGCGAUGCUCAAGGGUUUCAAAGAGCAGGCUGCGGCCGCAUGA